AUGGUUAAUACAAAGGUGACGCCGAGAAAAUCUAAAGAGAUAUGUCCGGUGUGUUUUACUGAAUUGGACGGGAAAGAUGCCUGGGCCGCUCACGUGUUGAAGUGUGCUAGCAGCAUGUUGGUGUGCGAGAAAUGUCAUGUGUCCUUUAAGAAGAAGGAAUAUUUGGUGAAGCACAUGAAGUUGAAACAUGCAGAAAGCGAUCAUGCGUCUAAAGAGCCAGAGCAUGAUGAAGCAGGUCCAAAUAGUCCAGUACCGAAUAACAGCGACAGCGGGAGUGACUGGGAUGAAGAUCCAGGGGUACAGCUGGAGGAACCUCCCAAAGAAAAGGAUCCUGAACCCCCAACUAAAACCACUAGUUUGCUGACAGGACGCAUAUUCAGAAAGCGGACCGCACCUAGCCCAGUACCCACUACACGGAAAGUAGUCUGCAGAUCUGAACCUGAUCCAGAACCUAAUGUUGAGAAGACUGUGGAUAGGGGGAUGCAGACCGAUUCCCAUGCAAACAUUAGAGUGGAUCAGGGGACCCAGACGGCAGGUUUUAGAAUGCGAGUGAAAGAGGUUACAGUCACCAAGUAUCAUGACAAUGGCAGAAGUGUGGAGAAAAUUGUAGAAAGAGAAGAAUUUUAUAAUAUGUAA